ACGUAAAAUGUUUAUCCAAUUGGGGCCGCCGCGUGCUGCCGUAACAGAAUACAACAACCUAUUAAAGUGCGCAAUACCACGCUCCACGGCGCGUCCUCUCCUCCCCCUCCUCGUUUGUUUCCGCCCCGGCCACUCCCCCCCACGGCCACCCCCCACGGCCACCCACUCUGCUCCAUGGCCGUAUUCGCGCCCUACGCGUAUUCCGUCCCGCCCGCCCCAAAACGCCGCCGCACCGCGACCGCAGUCCUCGCAGGCGACUUUGACCCGCGUCCCGCGCGCGACGUGCUCACCAGCCUGCUCAAUGGCGUCCCCGUAAACAAGGAGGUCGAGGACCGCGAGGAGGCGCGCAGGGUGCGGAAGAGGAAGGAGAAGGAGCGCGAAGGGGAGAGGGAGAAAGAGAGAGAGAAGGACAAGGAUAAGGAGAGGGAGAGGGAGAAGGAACGAGAGAAGGAGAAGAAACGCGCAAGGCCCGGUCUCAAGGUCACCACCACGAUCCCCAUCACGUCCGGCUCGUUGAUGCACGCGUCCGGGUCCACGUCCAGCACGAGCAAGCGGGCCCCGUCCGUCGUGCAUGCCCCUGCCACACAUCAGCCGCCACAGCCCUCGUCCUUCUGGCAAGCACGGCCCGCGAUCCACAUCACCGGCGCGCAGCGCUCCGUCUCCGUCACCCCGCCUCCCAUGGGCCCGUCCUCGCCGCCGACCACGCCCGGCCCCUCCGUGUCCUCCACCGUCUCGGCGACGUCGUCCAAGCGGCUGUUCACCCCGGACGACGACGAGGACCUGCGCGGCGUCACGCCUGUCCCGCAGCCUCAUCCUACACGGCCACGAAAGAAGCGCACAGCCGUGAAGAAGGGAUGGAAGGGCUGGGUGGAGGGCUCGCCCCCGCCGUCGGAGAAGCUGAUCAACCUGGACUCUGUGACGGUGCUGACGGAGAGGAAGACGAGGAGCGGGAAGAGCUUCGACGCGAUCGGUGUCGGCAAGGACGGGUGGGUCUGAGGUCGGGUUGCGUGGUGGUGAUGGCUGUGCGACGUGCGCCCCCGUGCCUCGUCGACGACGUUUGCGGCGGGGACAAUAGGGCGUACGUGUCGGUCGCUCGUGCUGUGUCAAAUCUUCCAUCGUUGCUGUCAUGAAUUCGGAGGCGGUCAAAGGCCGCCUCUCAUGUCUCUCCUCCGACGAUAUAUA